CAAGUUCUUCCCGACCAAUCAACCCAUACUUUAUAUAACCCACCCAAUGGGCAAAGAUUUUCUCUUCUUCUUACGAUGGUUGGUAUGGUUCAUGGUAACGGACGUACCACGUGGAUGUGCUACGCUACGAAAGCAUAGCAAUGGAAGCAGAGAACAAGCAAGUGAUCUUCAAGGGGUUCAUAAAGGGCACUCCGAAGGAGACAGACUUGCAAGUGAUGGCUGGAACUAGAAUCCAGCUCAAGGCUCCUAAAGGCUCGGGAGCUUUCCUGGUCAAGAAUCUCUACCUCUCUUGUGAUCCCUACAUGAGGGGACGUAUGCGUGAUUUUCGUGAUUCCUAUAUUCCCCCAUUUGUUCCAGGCCAGCCAAUUGAAGGUUUUGGUGUCUCCAAAGUUGUAGAUUCUGAUAAUACGAGUUUCAAGCCUGGCGACUUGGUCUCUGGAAUGACCAGAUGGGAAGAAUACAGCUUGAUUCGUAGAACUGAGCAGUUGAGAAAAAUUAAGCAAGAUGAUGACAUCCCUCUAUCAUUCCGUUUGGGUCUUCUUGGUAUGCCGGGUUUUACUGCAUAUGCCGGAUUCAAUGAGGUCUGCUCUCCUAAGAAAGGGGAAUAUGUUUUAGUUUCUGCUGCUUCUGGAGCCGUUGGUCAGCUUGUUGGUCAGCUUGCUAAGUUGCUUGGCUGUUACGUAGUUGGAAGUUGUGGUUCAAGCCAAAAGGUUGAUCUUUUAAGGAAUAAGCUUGGUUUUGAUGAUGCUUUUAACUACAAGGAAGAGCCGGACCUUGAUGCAGCUCUGAAGAGGUACUUUCCUCAAGGCAUCGACAUUUACUUUGAUAAUGUAGGGGGAGAAAUGCUUGAUGCAGCGCUUGUCAACAUGAGAAUUCAUGGUCGAAUUGCUGUUUGUGGGAUGGUGUCUGAAAAAGAUCUAUCUGAUCCUCGAGGGAUCCACAAUUUAUACAAUCUCAUAACAAAGCGCAUCAAAAUGCAAGGAUUUCUGCAAAGUGAUUACUUGCACUUGUACCCUCGUUUCUUGGAGGAUGUUAUAAGCCUCUAUAAGCAAGGCAAGAUUGUUUACAUUGAAGACAUGAAUGAAGGCUUGGAAAGUGCUCCAUCUGCUUUUGUCGGGUUAUUCUCGGGAAGAAAUGUUGGCAAGCAAGUCAUUCGUGUAGCAACAUAUGAAUGAACGUUUAACUUUUUGAUGAGUCCGGGAGUAGUGCAGUACACAUGUUUAAUCCCAUGCUUGUAUUGAUAUUAAUAUAUGAGGAGUAAGCGUUCAUUCUAUAAUAAUAAAGGAG